AUGUCGGAGCCUUGGGACCCCGCUAUUCUCGGUGAUGAGAUGGUCAGAAUAUUUGUUGGCGAAGAUCUCGGCGAAGACUUCACCGUCCACAGAAAAUUCCUCUGCAGUCGAUGGGAAUACUUUGUGGGAGUCAUCGCCGAUGCUGACCAAUAUGCCCACGCCGGUAAACCAACGUUCUUGGGCCUUCCAGAAGAGACAUCAGAGACGUUCGAAGCAUUGAUGGACUAUCACUACAAUGGAGAAUUACCCUACUUUGAGUUGUAUAACCUUACAAUUUUGACUUCUCAUCAAAGGCAGGAGCGACGAAAGGAGUUUGAAACACACAGCAGUCUCAUGCGCAGCCUCUUCUACCUUGCCGACAGAUUGGAAGAUAAGGUUCUCAUGGGCAAAAUCAUGGACCAGAUCCAGGAGGAAUACGCCGCCCCCGGUCGAGUGUUUUUCUGUGACAAAGUAAUCAGAGAGAUACACGCCAACUCGAAGAAAACCAAUUUGUUAUAUCAAUACGCUCUCUACAACAUGCUAAAAGAGCUAAAAGGUCGAGACGAGAAUUCAAUCAAAGCGUGCAAUCUGUUGAUGGAAGAAUUGCCCGGUCUUAGGGCCGAUGUCAUGAAAUUUCGUUGCUUGUAG